ACUUACCAUUCAAACAUUCUCAAAACUUGCUACUCCAAAUACAAUAGAAACCCAUCAUUUUCACGUAGUUACUGUGUCUGUUUUUUCUUGCUUUUGCUGUGAUCAUGGCUGACAAAGUGGUUCACCAUCAUGCCUCUGAGACUGAAGACCAUGGGGUGGUCGACUGUUUCGGAAAGAAAGAUGAAAACAAGAAGUGUAAUAAAGACGAGAAGAACGAAAGCCUGAUGGACAAACUCCACAUAUCCGAUAGCAGCUCCAGUUCGAGUGAUGAGGAGUGUAAAGAUGGGGAGAAAAAGAAGAUGAAGAAGAAGAAGAAGAAGAAAGAUGAAACCUUGAAGGAAAAGGUGGAGAAGAAAAUCGGAGAAGAUAAAGUGAAGAUCAAUGUGAAGAUCGAAGAAGGAAAAGAGAAAGUCGAAGAGCUCAAAGAGAAAACUAUUGAGAAGAUCGAAGAGGGCAAAGAGAAAGUCCUAGAGAUCAAAGAGAAAUUAGGGGAGAAAAUCGAGGAGUACAAAGAGAAGAAAGAAGAAGAACGCAAGGAAGACUCAUGUGUUCCUGUUGAGAAAUACGAGGAUCAUCAAGCACCACCACCUUGUGAAGUUGUUGUCCACCCACCGGAGCCGAGCUGUGAACCUGAAGAGAAAAAGGGUUUCCUUGAGAUGAUCAAGGACAAACUCCCCGGCGGUCAAAAAAAGUUGGAAGAAGAGCACACUGCUCCUCCACCACCGCCAGUGGUGGUGGCGGUGGCAGCACAUCCCGACCACUAUGCUGAUGUUGAAAAAGAGCAUAAGGAGAAAAAGGGUAUUCUUGAAAUGAUCAAAGAAAAGCUUCCUGGUUAUCAUUCAAAGAGUGAAGAGGAGAAGAAGGAAAAGGAGUGUGAUUAAGCAUAAGGAAAAUUGUUUUGUUGUUGUUGUUACUUUGAUUU